UCACAGUUCAAGCAACUUUGGACGCAGCUAGGGCGCUUGCAUCGGUGUUGCUGAGGCAUGUAGGAUUGAAUUAUAGGUUUGCUUUGGGAGGAACGCCCACAGCAUACCAUGGCCUCUUCCAUGGGCACGAUGCACUCGGCCGCUUCAGCUUUUGCAACUCUUUUGCAGCCCACGAAAUCCAGCACCGUGGUCGCAGAUUUUAUCAGCGGCAGCUCAGGCAGCAAUUUUCUUGCCCCUUUUCCUCUCUGUCCUACAUCAAACUCGAAACCCUUGACCAAAAGCAAAUGCUGUCGGUUGUCAGUUCAUGCCAAGACCGUGACUGGAGCAAGGAAGAAGGCGCCACAGAGUGAGUUCCAUCGGCGACGGACCUGCAGACUGGCCUGCUGUUUCAAAGGCCCACUUUUGCAGAGUCCUCUCUCAGUCAAACGGCAGCAGGUUAGAGAGGACCAGGACAAUGUUGGGUUCGGCGAGGAGCCAGGAUUAGGAGACGGGAAACAGAAGUGGAGGACGCAGGCCGUGCAAACAGAGGCGCCUGUGGACAAGGUGGAGGAAAGGAUCAGAGAAGGGAGAAAGCAGAUGGAUUGGGCGAAGGCUUGGUACCCGGCAGCAGUGGUGGAGGACCUGGACCCGAAAAAACCCAAGGGGAUCAUGGUGCUGGGGAAGCGACUCGUGUUGUGGAGGGACCAGGACAAGAACUGGCGCUGCCACCUCGACCGCUGCCCCCACCGUUUCGCCCCCCUCUCCGAGGGGCGGAUUCACGAAUCUGGGGGCCUGCAGUGCUCAUAUCACGGUUGGGUAUUUGGCCCCCAGGGAAACUGCACUCUGAUACCCCAGGCUGACGAAGACGAGCGGAAAGCGCUGGACUCCAAACUGGCAUGCGCAGUGGCUCUUCCUAUCAAGGAAGAGGUGGGCCUCCUCUGGGUGUGGCCCGACGAGCGCUCGGCAUUGGAGGCCCUGGCCACUCCCCCGCGCAUUGACAGCACUCUUUCCGACCCCGACUUUACGUACCAGUGGGUCUACCGGGAGCUCCCUUACAACUGGGACACUCUGGUAGAGAACGUGCUGGACCCCGCCCAUGUGAACUUUGCGCACCAUAAGGUGCAGGGGAAGCGCGAGAACGCGCUCCCGAUUACGUUUGGCGUGGCGGAGCCGGAGGUUGGGGGGUUCACCGUUCCAGGCAUCGGCAAAAUGGGCAACUUUCCGGUCCCCAACAUCAAUUUCAUCGCGCCCGCUUCCAUUGUCUACCACUUCACCAUCCCUAAAGAGAACGUUGCCAAGCCGUGGCAAGCUGCUCUCGUCAGCCUGGGGACGCCGAUCGCGCCCGGAAAGGUCGCCAUCUUUGCGUGCUUCCCCCGCAACUUCCUCAAGUUCGCUGCUCGGUUGACGCCCCGGUGGUUUGACCACGUGCGCACUCGGAACAAGGUGCUCGACGGCGAUCUAGUUCUCCUCCAAGGCCAGGAACUCCUCAGCCUACAGUCUUUCUCGGGCCCCGUUGACGACCAGCCCAGCACCUCAGCUGCGCCGGAAAGCGUCGACUCCCACCAGAACGGGGCCUCGACUUCGCACGGGUUCGCAGACCGCAAGUAUUUCAUGCCCACGAAGAGCGACCGGCCGAUCGCUGCGUUUAGAAAGUGGGUGAAGGACUUUGGGAACGGGGGGCCGCGCUGGCCGGUGGGGUUCCGCACGGAACCGGAUCCGCUGGGGGACCGGCCGGAAGUGAUCAUGGACCGGUUUACGCAGCACACGCAGCACUGCUCCGCGUGCAUGGGCGCGUACCGUAACGUUCAACGGCUCCAAAGCAUCGCAAAGGUUGCCGUCGUUGCGUCGAUCGCCGGCGCGGCGGCGUUCUCCGCCCGUGACGAGAGGCUUUCGCAAAGCCUCGCGGUUCUGGCAGUUGUGUUGACGGGUUCGAUCGGGCUGCUCCAAAGAAUGGAGCAGCAGUUUGUCUAUGUUGGAUACGACCACUCAGAAACAUGAGGAGCGAAUUGUUGACGAGAGAGACUUUGGUCGUGGGAAAGCUUUUGCUGCGACCUUGUUAGAUAGAGGAUCGGAUAGAGUAUCUCGAUGUAUGUAGUUCGACAGACGCUUUGGGUGGUUUGCAUGAGCCUGCGCCUAGGAGGCUGCGGCUGAAAUCGUUGAAUAGCACGGUAGGGCGUGUUAAGAUAUACGGGUCUGCCAGUGCUUAGUCGGAACCUCGUCAGGAUCCGUCAGACAGCUGAGCUUGAGCGCCUCUCAAGUGAAUAGGUUGCUACGAUACAUCAGAACCUAAGCGUUACAUGCACCGCUCAAUGGCGUUCCAGGC